AUAGUAAGUUAAUUAGCAUUAUUCAUGUGCAAGUUGAAGAAAUAAUUUGUAAAUUCAUCUCUUUUCUGAUUUGCAUUCAAUGAGGAUCUUCUUGGUAUUAGAUGUAUGGGUCUGAUGGCACAUGUGUCUUCAAUUUCGUUCCUCCAUGACCCCGGCGAUACCAGUUCAUUGUUUUGGUCGUAAACAUCUAUAGUACCAGGAGGUGUGUAUAUUGACGAUGAAGUGUAUUACUUCAUCGUCUUAAGUUCUUAAGAAAUUAUGUAAUAGUACACAAGUCAUAGUAAUCACAGUUGUUUUUUCUGGGUUCAGAAGUAUAGGUUUUCGAAAUACUCUGAAUCUUGAAGCUAGUAUCCCAAACACAUUUUCAACUGCAACGCGUGAAGACGAAAGUUAUUAAAUAUACGUUUUGCAGUUUGUUCAUUAUGCCUUCCAGGAUAUGGCUUCAUCACAUGAGUCGUUAAUGCAAAUGCUCCGUCCGCUAGAAAAACAUAUGGGACUUCUCUUGUUCUACCAGGAAGUGGUCGUGGUGUUGGCAAGUUUAAAUUAUUUGAGCACAUUUUUUGCCAUAGUCGACUAUUUUGAAAAACACCACCGUCACUAAUUCGACCCUGACUUCCGAUUUCAGCAAAAACAAAAUUAUAAUUGCCAUCAACUAAAGCAAGGAGUACAAUGCUGAAACUCCUUUUAUAGUUGUAGUAUUCUGUGCCACUAUGUGAAGGAGAUUGCAUGACGACAUGUUUUCCAUCCAUAGCUCCCAGACAGUGUGGAAAUUUGAACUCUUUUUCUAGUUGUAGCCAUGAUUGGGGAUCCUGUGGCAGCUGUAAAAUAAAUAUUUUUUUAUUACUUUCAGACUCCACCUACACCGGAAAGUCAAAAUGAAAAUACAGGCAACGAUGGUCAGGCUGAACACAAUUUGCCUCAGAUGCCUACUAUACCACGUCGUCGAAAAAAUCCUAUAGAAUUAGAAGAGGCUGGGAAAACAAUGAAGGAAGCUAUGAGUUCUCUUAAUAAAGUUCUCAAUAAACCGCAACAGUCUGAAGACGACUAUGAUCGUUACGGGAAAAUCUUGGCAAAUAAACUACGUAAAUUAUCAGAAACAGAAAGUCUGCAAAUGAUGUACGAAAUAGACGGAUUAUUUAUUAGACGACUUCCAAGUAUAUCUCCACACAACAUACAGCCAUCGUCGGCUUCCGGUUACGCAGCACCCUAUUACCAAAGGCGACCAUCCUCAACUUGUACAUCAUAUUCGGAACCAGCUAGAAUUCAAGUGUCACUUCCAAGUACAUCUCCACACAACAUACGGCCAUCGUCGGCUUCCGGUUCGUAUUCGGUGCUAAGGGACACAUAUGAAAUUGCUACCGAACCUCCUACUAUUCGUAUUUUAUCUAAUCAAAUUGUUAACCAACCAAUAGCUCCAGAAAUUUCGGAAUCUAAUAAUAUUAGUGAUAUUUUAAGUCGGGCAUUGUAUGAGGCUUAAUUUAUCUGCAGUGUACAAUUAUUACUUUAAAAAUAUGUUUUAAUAAAACCCUGUUGAUUUUGGUU